UCUUUCUAAAAUUAAUUAUAACCCCGAUAAAACCCAGUGUCGAUGAGUAGCGGAACCGGUUCUCUUCGUCGAUGAGUCAGCAUUCCUCACCUCGUCGGACGCCGUCCACGGUUGUACGCCAUGCACCGUUGUUCUCGGGCAAGCAGUGAUGAAGCUCGAGCUGUGUCAAAGCAUCUGGAACAAAAAUUGUAAGGGUAUUAUAUUUCAACUAUGCCUCCACUGAGUGUAGUAUAGGUCCGCCUGUGAACUCUAGCACCAUUUUCGAUGCUUGAUCUUGGAUUUGGUUCUGGAAGCAAAGCUGGCAUGGACAGCUACCAUACUGCCUCAGCUAUUUAGCCUUUCAACUUGAUGGCGAGACUACUAAUAAAGACUAUCUUGGAUAUAAAGGAGGAUCUCUUGUUCAAACUCCCCAUUUGUAUUUAUAUUUGAAAAACAGUGGCUUCUCCAGAUUGUAUGCUUCUGCCAUUCUCCUCAGUCUCAAAAAUGUGGUCAUGGGUGUCACGUUUAAGGCCUUCUUUUAAUUAACAAUGGGAGUAACUCUGGUGCCACUGAGCUUGAUGUUUACAUUCCUUCGUAGAAAUCGCUCUUCACCAAAAAUUAGCAUAAGAGCUACAUAAUCAAAGGUCAGUACUUGGUCUUGGACGAGAGGGAUACAAAUAGUAGCAGUAUUUAGGUUGACCAGCCAUGUCAAUAAUAAGCAGGUCCAACCAUGUUGAUUUAAGAAUCACGAAAGAUAUAUUUGUUUCAGCUAUUCGCUUUGCGACAUCCAUAGAGGGACCGUGUCCCCCAUUUGGAGAUGAGCUUCGAACCUCUGCUCAAGAGCAAGUUGAGUAUAUGUUAGGGGAGGAUGAAGACACUGCAAUGGUUAUGGCUGAUGAUGAGGUGAGAUCGGCAAUAGUGAUGGGUGUUUCCAAGAUUUUCUGUUUGUUUGAAAUGGAUCUGUCUUCUUUGCUCUUGGACCCUGACCUGGAGUCCGAGGCUGCACAUAAGAGGAUAUCUCUGAGAGUUGCUGAUCUUGAAUGGAUGUGUAAUGUACUCAUAAAGAUGGAUUUAAUGAAGAACUUCGUUUCAAACUGGACUGCAAUCUCUAAAAGAAUUCUGGCAGUGAUAGAAGACAAGAAGCUUGACCAAGUCAUGUGGGGCCUAAAAGCAAAGAUGAUAGAAGUAACUGGGAAGGUUCUUGAAGCAGUGGGUUAUGGUAAUGUGAUUGUUCCAGCUCUAUGCAGGGUUCAGUUGUUGAAGACCUGGCUUCCAUAUGUUCGGAAGAUGAAGCCUAUACUAGACUCAAAGGCCACUGAGGAGAUAGGUUUUCCAUACAAGAUGGAUGAAGACAUGUGCCAGAACAUCGAGGGGUCGAUGGUGUCGUUGGUACUGACCUUGCCGUCGAAUGAUCAGGCAGACAUUCUUGCUGACUGGAUCAAAGGCGAGGAGGUUCAGUAUCCUGACUUGAGCGAGGCUUUUGAGGUAUGGUGUUACAGAACCAAGUCUGCAAAGAGGAGACUUAUGGAAGGUUCAGACAGCCACAGUGAUGGCAGUCGUUGAGUUGGGUUCCAAGGACCGAACCUUUUUUCAUCUUCAUUUUAGUUGUGCUGAUCCUGUCUAGUAGAAUAAAGCUUGUUAUUAUUAUUGUAUUGUAGUUCAUUGCUUCUAGGUUUCAAUUCCAUGUUUUGAACUACCAUUGGGGUUAGUGUAGGCAUGUCUGAACUCCAAAGUAUGCUGUGUUAACAAUAGCGACUUGCCCAAUUGAUAUUGGUCGAGAGUGUAAUCCUGUCUGGGAGUUCAGUCCUUUUGUUGUCGAAUUUGUUAAAAAUAUUAUAAUAGAAGUGUAGGUGUCCAUGUCCUUUCAAAAGUUGUUCUUUAAAACUUUUCGACUAAAACUAGCUAGCUUGUAACGUAUAUGUCCUCUGGGGAGUUUUUGACAAUUAAUACAUGUUAUAAAUUCUAUAUUUAUGUA